CUCCUGUUUCCACAGUUCCUCCCCCAUGCUUCCUCUCUGCUACUCUCUCUUCUGGUUUUACCAUUGUUGUAAAAUCAGAGAAGGCCACAGGACUCAGAUUUUCAGGGACUCAAGCUACAAUGGCAGCCCAGUACCAUGCUGUGGGGUCCACAACCAGAAAGGCAAUGACCAGCUAUGAGCUUGGAAACCAAGACCAGGAAAAUUCCCAACUGAGAAUUGUCUUACUGGGGAAAACUGGAGCAGGAAAGAGUGCCACAGGGAACAGUGUCCUUGGAGAGAAAGUUUUUCACUCUGGCAUUUGUGCCAAAUCCAUUACCAAAGUCUGUGAGAAAAGGGUGAGCACCUGGGGUGGGAGAGAGCUCGUUGUUGUGGAUACGCCUGGUGUUUUUGACACUGAGGUACCAGAUGCUGACACAAGGAAAGAGAUUGCUCGCUGUGUUGCCCUGACCUCCCCAGGGCCUCAUGCUCUGCUCCUGGUGGUCCCUUUGGGGCGCUACAGUGUGGAAGAUCAUAAGGCUACACAGAAGAUUCUGAGCAUGUUUGGAAAGAAGGCUAGAAGAUUCAUGAUUCUCUUGCUCACCAGGAAGGAUGACUUGGAAGAUGCUAAUAUCCAUGAAUACUUAGAGAGUGCUCCAGGCAUUCAAGAGCUGGUCUGUAAGUUUGAGAAUCGCUACUGUUUGUUCAACAACAAAGCAUCAGGAGCUGAACAGGAGGACCAGAGGAUACAGCUGUUGGACUUGGUCCAGAGCAUGGUGAUGGAAAAUGGUGGAAGAUGCUUUACCAACAAGAUGUACAGAAGUGCUGAGGAAGAGAUUCAGAAACAAACUCAGGAGAAGCAAGAAUGGUACAGAGAGGAGUUCAAGAGAGAGCGAGCACGAAUAAGGGAGGAGUACGAAGAACAGAUUAGAGACCUGAAAGAUCAGCUGGAGAGGGAAAAGAGAAAGGCACAAAUGGAGAGAGAAUUCAUCAGAACAGAGGCUUUAUAUACAGAGAGGCAGCAAAAUGCUAGGAGGGAAGUUGAGGACCAAAAUAGGAUACUUGAAUUAAUCCUAAAAGUAUGGGAGGUUGCUCGAUUUAUCAUUAAUCAGUUUAUGCAAGACGACUAGACCUAGUCUGUAAGACUAGACCUCGUCUCUAUUUUCUGCAUCUUUUUCCUGAUAACCUUGCCCUAUAGGACUCAAUUCUCAGUGUUCAAAUGCCCUAGUUUCUGUCUUCCAGAACUAAAGAAUGCAGUAAAGGUCAUCUUUGGCAGUUGGUAGAUGUUCAAUUGACUUAUCAAAAAACUGACCAAUCCUCAAAUUGUGAAACUCCAAAGAAGAAUGUAUUAAUGCUUGCCGUGCUUGUGUUCUUCCUCAGAGAACGCUCCCCGCUGCCCCCAGGAGCCUCUAGAAGAUGACUGUAAGAUGUACCUAUUGUCCUCCUCUGGAUUCUCGACAAUAAUCUUCACCUGCAGCUUCUAUACAUUGUUGCUCAUUUUUCUGGGACAAUAGUCUUCUGUGAUUUAUUAGGAAGUUCAAUUAUAUGCAUGAGGCAAUCUUUAGACAGAAAUAGAUGGCUAUACAGUUCUCAAUGAAUAUUGGUUUGUUUAAUUACAUGUUCAUGAAUGGCCUCAAAUUGUUCCCUAUCUGUCCUUUGAAGGCAAAGCAAAUUUCAUAAGCCAACUAAUCCAGGAUGAGCACAAAUGGGCAAUUUAAUAGACAGUACUCUAGUGGUUAGUGUGUUUAGGUGUGCCUCUAGAAGCUCUCUGAUGACCUCUUAACAAGUUUGGUGACAUCAGUUCUCCUCUUGAGAAAUGAUCUGGCUGCUCCAACCCUACCUUGUACCCUGAUACAUCCAGCUUGUACCGCUUCUGCCCCACCCAGCCAGUUUGCUUAUUAUUGUUAUAAUAAACGUUUUCUUUGCCUCAUAUUUGUUCAGAAUCAGAAUCUGUUUUGUCUUCAAGGAUGACACUGCUGUAAUAGCACAGAGAUGAAUUUUGUUUUUUUGGGUGCUUUUAAAACCAGACUUACUUUAACCCCUGUUUUGUUUUCUUAUGAGUGUGGGUGCCUGUGCAUAUAUGUGUAUGUGUGUGUAUGUAUGCAUGCACAUUUGUGUGUGUGCAGGUUCUGUGCAUAUAUGGAGGACAGAGGAUGAUCUCAGGUCUUAUCCUCAGUGAGGCCAUUCACCUCCCUUGAGCUCGUGUUUCUCAUUGGCCUGGAGCUCACCAGUUAGGCUGAACCAGCUGGACCAUGGUUCCUGAGAAUGCGGUCACCAGCCCUGAGAGUAAAAAGGUGGAAUCUGUGUUUCUAACCCUGGCUUAUUUUCCUUAACAUAAUAAUCUCUAACUCGUCCAUUUUAUUGCAAAUAAAACAGCAUUCUUUCUUUAAUA